CAGACGCCGCACUUGCUCUCUGUGGCGGCGGCUGCUUCUGAAGUAAGUAAACUUCACAGUUCACAGAGCUCUUCCUUUCUUUCUUCUGUCAAUGGAAAUUCACAAGUGUUCAUCUGAUGAUGGUGAUGUUUCAUUGAAUCUGGAGCUUCCAACAAAUGACCUCUGGUUCAAGAAAAAGAAGAAACUACUGGAGGACAUGGGUUCUAAUCCAUUGGGACCUUUGCACGUACAAAGUUUUGCUACUGCUGAUCAGCUAAAAACAGCAUUCACUUUAAUACUUCAACAAGCUAGAAUCAUAAACUUAGAUGAGCUAGAGCUUUAUUUUGGUGGUGAUGAUGCCAAUAAUCUGGUUGGUUUCAAUAGUCCAAGGAAUGAGCUAGAAGCUCUUCAUUCAGUCCUUGCAGCCAUUGAUCAGGCAUUUCCCAGCAGUAAAGAUGCUAAUGUGGUUGCAUUGCAAGAUCUACGCCAAAAAACUGUUGAUUUGAUCAGCGAAUUCUCCAAUAGAAUCAAAGAGGACACUAAAAUUUGUGCAGAGUGUACAAUUGAAAAGGAAAACUCUUUGUUACAGUGGGCUGAAAGCAAUGGUGUGAAGUCAAAGUUGAGGAUAGCUUAUGUUGAAGGAGCUGGAAGAGGGGCCAUAGCAACACAAGAUCUGAAAGUUGGAGACAUUGCACUGGAGGUCCCUAUAUCUGUUAUCAUUUCUGAGAACCUUGUACAGGAAUCUGACAUGUAUUCUAUUUUGAAAGUAGUUGAUGGGAUGUCUUCAGAAACAAUGUUGUUGUUGUGGAGCAUGAAGGAGAAGCACAACCGUCAUUCAAAAUUUAAGUUAUAUUUUGAUACACUGCCUGAAGCAUUCAAUACAGGUUUGAGUUUUGGUGUUGAAGCUAUCAUGACAUUAGAUGGUACAUUGCUCUUAGAGGAGAUAGUGCAAGCAAAAGAGCACUUGAGGUUACAGUAUGAUGAGUUGUUUCCUGCACUUUGUAAUGAUCAUCCUGAUACCUUUCCUCCUGAGCUUUACACCUGGGAGCAGUUCUUAUGGGCUUGUGAACUUUGGUACUCUAAUAGCAUGAAGAUUAUGUUUAGCGAUCGAAAGCUAAGGACAUGCUUGAUUCCUAUUGCUGGAUUUCUUAAUCAUUCGACAUCUCCACACAUCCUGCACUAUGGCAAAGUAGAUUCUACCACAAAUACCAUUAGGUUUCCUUUAUCAAGACCAUGCAGUACAGGAGAACAAUGUUUUUUAAGCUAUGGGAACUUCUCCAGUUCUCAUCUGCUUACUUUCUACGGUUUCUUGCCACGGCUAGAAAAUCCCUAUGAUGUUAUUCCACUUGAUAUAGAUACUGCCAUGGAUGAGGGUUUCGAGGAUGCUGAACUUGCACCCGACUGGACAUCACAUAUGGUAAGGGGUACAUGGUUUUCAAAAAACCCUGGAGUCUUCCACUACAGGUUGCCAUUUCCUUUACUGGAUCAUAUGCGCAGAGCCCGGAAUCCUUCGUUAAAAACAAUAGCCCUGACGCAAGAAAACUUGGAGAUUGAACUGGAAAUACUCGGAGAUCUCUGCUCAACCUUUGAAGCAAUGAUGGAAUCACUCGGGGAUGCAGAAACCGAUGACCAGGAUAACGUGAGGUGGGACGUAAAGCUUGCUGUUGAAUUUAAGAACCUACAUCGAAGAAUUGUCUCCUCCAUUGUAAACUCGUGUAAAGGCGGCUGUGAAUUGUUAGAAUGUGAACUACAGAAAUGUAUGUCACAAGAUUGAUGUGGCCAAAUGAGCUUGAGAAGUAGCAGUACUCUGUAUCAGGCUAGUUCUAUUCUUGAAUCUUGAUUUUAUUUUCCAGUUAGUCAAUCCUCUAACUUUUUUAUUUGUUUUUUUUGUGAGGGUUUUAGAGUACUCUGCUGUUGAAGUUUUUAUUGGCAAAAUUUAUACCAUUGGGAAGUUUUGUUUGUUAAAA